CUGGAGCCGCCGCCAUUUUGAAGUAACCAGGUUUCCCCCGGUCCGUGGAGCAGUUGCUACUUGGAGCGCUUGCAUCGGCUGAGGAUGCCAGCCCCCAUCAGACUGAGGGAGUUAAUCCGGACUAUCCGGACAGCCAGGACCCAAGCUGAGGAGCGUGAGAUGAUACAGAAGGAAUGUGCUUCAAUUCGAUCAUCUUUCAGGGAGGAAGAUAAUACUUAUCGCUGUCGAAAUGUGGCAAAACUACUGUACAUGCACAUGCUAGGAUAUCCUGCACACUUUGGCCAGUUGGAGUGCCUAAAGCUGAUUGCCUCACAAAAAUUUACAGACAAACGGAUUGGUUAUCUAGGUGCUAUGUUAUUGCUUGAUGAACGGCAAGAUGUCCACUUGCUCAUGACAAAUUGUAUUAAAAAUGACCUGAACCAUAGUACUCAGUAUGUGCAGGGUUUGGCACUCUGCACACUCGGUUGUAUGGGAUCAUCAGAGAUGUGCAGAGAUCUUGCAGGCGAAGUGGAAAAACUGCUGAAAACGUCCAACUCUUAUCUGAGGAAGAAGGCAGCGUUAUGUGCAGUACAUGUAAUCAGGAAAGUGCCUGAGCUGAUGGAAAUGUUCCUACCAGCUACUAAAAACCUGCUGAAUGAAAAAAAUCAUGGUGUCCUUCACACAUCUGUUGUUCUACUCUCAGAAAUGUGUGAACGAAGUCCUGACAUGUUAGCACACUUCAGGAAAAAUGAAAAGCUUGUUCCUCAGCUUGUUCGAAUCCUGAAAAAUCUUAUUAUGUCUGGUUACUCACCAGAACACGAUGUCUCUGGCAUUAGCGAUCCUUUCCUUCAGGUUCGAAUACUGCGGUUACUACGAAUGUUGGGUAGAAAUGAUGACGACUCAAGUGAAGCCAUGAAUGAUAUACUUGCACAGGUUGCAACAAAUACAGAAACCAGCAAAAAUGUGGGUAAUGCAAUUUUAUAUGAAACAGUUUUGACAAUUAUGGACAUCAAAUCAGAGAGUGGACUGAGGGUUUUAGCCAUAAAUAUCUUGGGACGCUUCUUGCUUAAUAAUGACAAAAAUAUUAGGUAUGUGGCACUGACAUCGCUGCUUAAAACGGUCCAAACAGAUCAUAAUGCAGUCCAAAGACACAGAAGUACAAUAGUGGAUUGUUUGAAAGACUUGGAUGUAUCUAUUAAAAGACGUGCAAUGGAACUGAGCUUUGCUCUGGUAAAUGGAAAUAACAUUAGAGGAAUGAUGAAGGAAUUGCUCUAUUUCCUGGAUUUGUGUGACCCUGAAUUCAAAGCAGAUUGUGCUUCUGGCAUCUUUCUUGCAGCAGAGAAGUAUGCACCAUCCAAGCGAUGGCACAUAGACACAAUAAUGAAAGUGUUAACAACGGCUGGCAGUUAUGUAAGAGAUGAUGCAGUGCCCAAUUUGAUCCAGUUGAUCACAAACAGUGUUGAAAUGCAUGCCUAUACAGUACAGAAACUUUACAAAGCUGUCCUGGAAGAUAUCUCUCAGCAACCUCUUGUGCAGGUGGGUGCUUGGUGUAUGGGAGAAUAUGGUGACCUUUUAGUUUCUGGCCAGUGUGAAGAGGAGGAACCUAUUCAGGUGACAGAAGAUGAAGUUAUGGAUGUAUUAGAAACUGUACUACAGUCAAACAUGUCAACAUCUGUAACAAGGGGAUAUGCUCUUACUGCAAUUAUGAAGCUAAGCACAAGAUUUACCAUAAAUGUAAAUCGAAUUAAGAAGAUAAUGUCAGUGUACGGAAGCAGCAUAGAUGUGGAGCUUCAGCAAAGGGCUGUUGAAUAUAAUGCACUUUUCAAAAAAUUUGAUCACAUGAGAUCUGCACUGCUGGAGCGAAUGCCUAUAAUGGAGAAGAUAAUUAAUGGGCCUACAGAAGCUGCACAGACUAAUGGAGAGGCAGUGCCCACAAUAGUGGAACCAAAAUUGAUACCUAGUGCUCCUCAGUCUAGUAAUCAGGCAAAUGACUUAUUAGAUUUGCUUGGAGGAAGUGAUGUGACUCCAGUGAUUCAGACCGUACCACCCAGUAAACCAAACACAGCUGGUGGAGAGCUUCUGGAUCUGUUAGGAGGGCUGGAUCUAUCAGGUGGAACCAUGCCAUUAAGUGUCCAAGCACCACAAAUUUCACAGGCACCAUUUCUGUUGGAUGGUUUUGCAUCACAGAGCGUCUUCAAUGAUCUAGCUUCAGGCAUUCCACCUGUUACAGCAUACUGUAAAGGUGGUUUGAAAAUAGAGUUUAACUUCGAACGUUCCAACACGAAUCCUAACGUAACUGUUGUCACAAUUAAUGCUACCAACUCCACAGAAGGAGACAUGACUGACUUUGUAUUUCAAGCUGCAGUACCAAAGACGUUUCAGCUGCAGCUUCUUUCUCCAAGUAAUAAUAUAAUUCCAGCACGAAAUGCAGGAGCUGUUACACAGGUCAUUAAAGUGCUCAAUCCACAGAAGCAACAACUUCGCAUGAGGAUAAAGAUCACAUAUAAUCUCAAUGGAUCACCAGUACAAGAUUUAGCAGAAGUAAAUAACUUUCCCCCUCAAUCGUGGCAGUGAUUGUUUAGGUGGCAACAACCCUUUUCCAUCAAUGGAUUUUGGUAAAUCUUUGGGAAGGUCAUAUCCUAAGAGUGCCCUUAUGCACAAUGUCAUAACGUGUAUAUCAGCCCUCAAUGUGGGUUGCAAAAUUAAUGAACAAACUGAGGAAUAUCAUGCCUACAAAUGCUAAUCACUUUUCAAAACACAUCCAUAUUAGUCUCUAUCAACAUCAUGUUCAUCGUUGGAAUAUCUGCUUGUGGUAUGCACUACACACUCUUCCUGCUUUACCCACUGAUCUUUGCAGAACUUGGAACAUUUGCACAGAUGUGAUCCAGCUUGUCAGUAUGUGCCCAGCAGCUUUGCAAGAUUUCAGAACAUAUCAAGGAACUAUUGUUUUUCUACUACUCACCACUCGCAUUUAUUGGGAACUAGAGCAGAGAACAUUAUAAAUUGCUUGCAGUGGGUUCUAUACUGUAAUGAUUUUCAAUUCAUUCAACAAAGGAUCUCAAUAAAACGUCCAACAGUCUUCAAAAGCAGUUUCGCCCUCUUAGCAUUUAACCUGUAGACAGUAUAGGUUAUUAAUUAGAUGAUGACCUCAACACUUCCUCAUCCAGAAAUCUACUUUUAAUGGGUGAGGAUUCCUGAUGCUUGCUCAGUCAGAAAACAGUGCCAGUCAGUUCGCUUGCUCAGUUUUGAUAAUGAGCUCAAUGCCUGUGACAAUCUGAUUUAGCAGCAAAGAAUCUCAGUUGUAUCAUUGUUCUCUUGAGCAAUAUGACUUCCUGCCUUGUUUUUCAAAAGCAUAAUUUUUUAAAUGGUCUACAGUCACAAAGCUUGAAUCUCAUUUUUUUGUAUGAGUCCGCAAAGUGAGUAAUUUGAUACUACUGCAUCUGCACUACUCCAUUUGCACUGUGACCAAUUUAGCAAACUACUUUUUCACUUCUCUGGACUGGAAAGUGUUUGAAUAUUGGUUUCCUCCUUGCUUUUCUGUUGCCAGAUUAAUUCCUAUAAAACAUAGCAGCAAAAUAUUAGUUGUCAAACAUUUCAGCCUCCUCGCAAAGUCUGAUGCAUUUUAAAGGUCAAGUGACAAAAUUUAAUAUUUCCUGGUCAACUUUGUAUAUUAUGAUAUGCAUUUGUACAGUUAAAUUAUGUAACAAUUAUUUUUGGAGGUUUUUGACUUCAAAUUUGGUUUAAAAAGGUUUUGUGCAUUAGCUUUUUGUCAUUAGUUAGUGAUUGAUGCCCAACAAAUCCUUGAAAGCUCCUUUUUUUAAAAAAAUGAUUAAAUUGGUAGUCCAUUCACUUUCAUGAUCUUAAAAUUGCAGAACUGUUCCUGGUGUAUUAGUAAAUCAAUGCACUAACGCAAUGUGUUAAAGACAAUAGGACUAAAGUAACAACAAAUUUUGAACAACAUUUUAUGAUUCUAUAAAUGGAUGAAUGAAAAGGGAUACAGCAAUUUAAAUCUUGAUUUGCCUAACAAAAACUGAGUAUUGAAGCAAAAUGGCUUAUAAACGAAGAAAAAUUCCCUUCUGAUGUGAAGUUUUAAAGUGGCUUAUAACAUUAGGAGCUUUUUUGAAAAUGUUGUAUUUUCCAGCACAAAGAAACUACUCACUUGCCCAUUGCAAGUACAGUUUCUAGCUGCCAUCUUAUUUGGUCUUUUAAAAAGCGUGCGAGGAGAAGAAAGAUUAUAUUUAAUUUUUUCAGAAAUAUGUUGGACAGUUUUUGAUAAGUCCUGAAUGUAUUGAGCAGUUGAUGGUAUAUAUACUUGAUGCUCUUAAUGGUUGUAACUGCAAAAGUGCUGCUGUUUCAGUAAAUGUUAUAAGGAGGAUCAGAAGCUAAAUUUUUAAAUUGAGGCUACUGCAAAACAUGGCAAAUAGUUCUGGCCUUUGAAAAGAGUUAGAUGUCACUGUUGUAUAUGCUAAUUUGAAUGCACAGUAUAUAAGCUGCACUGUGUUUUUGCAAGAUCACAUGAAAUGAACAUUCAACAAAUGAAUUAUGCAGCUAUUACUGCAGCCUCCUUGCUUAACGUGAAACCCAGUUAAUACAAUGAAAGAGGUUUUUUUUUUUAAAGUUGAAAGAAAACAUCUAGGAUUAAAAAUAUUUUCAUCAUGCAGUCUGACAUAUGAAAUAAUUCCCAUUAGUUAAUUGGAGGAGUUGAGGUUCAUCAUUGUCUCCUCCUGAUCCUACAUGGCUGAGGAAAUCUAUAUUUUUAAAUACCUGAUGUUCAUGAUCGCUAAUUAUUUUAUUUAAGCAUUCAUGCUUACUUAUGUAUGUAGCAGAAUUGGCUGCAGGAUAACGCUCACCUCUUCAAGCAUAUGGAUUGCCACUUGGCAAAAGUUAUUUAUGCAUAUUUCAGUGACAGUUGAUUCACUUAGUUUAACGGACAGUCUGAACUGACAACCUCACUACCUUAAUGAAAUAGCUGUGCCUGUGCAAUUGUGUACAUUUGAAUUAUUUUGGAUCACAUUAUAAAAUAAAAGCUUGGGUCAAAGUUUAAUUUUGAUUUUAUAGAGCAGUAGUAAAUUGAUCAAAUCUCAUGACUUCCCUAACAAUUUAAAAUCUGUACUUAUAAAAAUGAGCCAAUUUACUUGAAUGAAACAUUCUUUUGUAAUUUUAAAUUAAUUUGAUGCAGAGUGAAAUUGUCCAUAUGAAGAGUUAAAAUUAAUCUGCUCUUAUGGGAGUAACAGUAAUAUCAGCUCUAAUUUGUUUGCCAUUAACUUUGGGUCAUAAAAUAUGUAAAGCUAUUUUAAGUUCUGAAUUUUUUUGAGUAGUUACUAAGCAAAAGACAAGAAUAGGCAAUAAAGUAUUGUUUUCUGAGAAGUGCAUUAUUAAACUUUGUCCCCACAUUAGAUUGAUUAACUGAUGGUAUGGCUGCUUAAGGUUCUACAUGAGAUUGAAGAAAGAAAUUUCCAUUAAGAUAACAACAGUGACCUUAUUAGGGAUAUUUAUUGCAUGUUGUAAGAUAUGUCACUGCAUACUGAUGUCAAAUACUUUAUCACUCUUCAAAAAGAUGUUUGUUUUUAAUUUUACUAUAGGUGUGUGCAUCAGUUCAGGGCAUCUUUUCAGGUAAUGCUUUAAUCUGAGGCAUUAUUUCCUUUUGUUAUUAUCUGCCAUUUAGUAUCGCCCUGUUGAAAGGGUACAACUGAUUUCUGCCCACCUGAGAUUGAUAUUCCAUGCCAACGACAUUAAUGAUCAUGUCUGCAAUUCACAUCUUUUUGUGGUUUUAGUUAUUUCUCUACAACUGGCAGUGUGUCAGUUCUCAAUGGUCAUGGCACGUUAGGAACCUCAGCUAUAAUAGAUUAAUAAGCAACCAGUUUGGAAAAAGUUAUAUCUUGAUUUUGGUCAUUUUGAUCAUGCCUUUUUUUCUUUUCCCUUUAAUCUUCUACUUCCGUCCUGAGAGGCUUAUUUAGAACCAACCAGAAAUUGAAUCUCCCAGUUUGAGGCUCUGUUCCACAUUAUCCAAAGUAUUUACACAUUUUAAUUUUAUGGGUAUUAAUAAAGUUAACCAUUUUCCUUCAAAAAGAAAACAGUUGGAAAGGUUAAAAGUGGUCUGGGUAGAUAUGAUUUUAAUGCACCAAAUCCUGAAAAAUGUAGCUACUAUGUAGAUGGAACAAAAAUAUUUGUCUUUUAAGCACUCUUGAAGAAAUUCAAAAUGUCCCAGCACUCUUGAAGAAAUUCAAAAUAUCCCAAAACACAGAAAUGCAACCCACCUGUUAACCUUUCCAAAUAGCAAAGUCACAGAUGUUUGCUGUGCUGACCAUUGUUCAAAUUCAUCAUAGCACUGGAUUUUUUAACUUUGAUUAUUUAAGCUGCAAAUCACUUAGCAGGUGUAAAUAUUAAAUGAGUGAAAAGUGGAUGCGAGCACUCCCAUGCUAUUGGAUAGAGACUUUGAUAUGAAUGUGUAGUAAAGAAAUGAUUAGUGUCUAAUAUCUGAAGGGAAGCUGUGUAAUUAAAUAUUUUGAUUUUUGUGCAUUAUUCUUCAGGUCUGCAGAAGAAAUAUAAAUACUUAAGUUGAAGGGGUUGGGAAGUGGGUAGGCAAGUUUGAGAAAUAAAGCAGACAUUUUAACUACUGAUUAAAUUCCUUUCAUAUGCUGUGCAAUAACAUUGAAGAAAUGUGGAUCAGCUUGUUUUCAGGUUCCAUGUUGAUCUGUUAACAUUAUCUUUGGUAUUUUUAUUGCUUUGAAUCUUUGUGCUGUAAACUAGCUGUUUCUGCACUUGCACCUUUACUAUUCUAUACAGACUCCAAAUAUGAACCUGUUGUUUUGUUACAUGGCUUCAAAGCACCAUAUCAAUCCUGCCUCCAUUCCUUUUGCUGGGCCAUGGGUAGCAAAACGUUUAAAUGCAUUGAUAAUGGAGAGGUUUUUCAUUAUUGCUUAUAUUCAUAUAAGGUGUAAAUUUUCACAAUCUUUUCGUGGGACUGCUUUCCUAAAUUUUAUGCAUGCAUCUAAGAAUCUUAAAUCGGAUCUGUUAUAAUCUAACACGUAUGAAUAAAUAAGAGUUCGGUUAGACAGUUUCAUAUCACCUGCCAGCACCUUGAUUAUUGCCAGAUUAGUUAAUUUAUUUCAGUAAAAAAAUAUAUUGCUAGUUAGGUGCAGAAAAUAUCUUUACUCACAAAGAUGAUUCCAUCACUGGAAGACGCAUCUUUAAAUUUGCUGGGAUGCUACUAUUUUUCUUUUGAAGUUCUCAGCCAGCGUAGCUAUGGGAGAUGAAGGGAUUGUGAUGAGAUAGACAUGUACCUGGGGAGAGCUCAUGGCAGUUGAGCUAAUAGUAUCCCUUCAGGUGAGAGUCUGCACAGGCACAAGCAAGUAUGAUUGUAGGAUUUAAGGAGGGGGCUGAAGUUCUACUUGCCUUUUUCCAGGGCCAAGUUUCAAGCGCAUUGCUACCAAGGUUGAGGGGAGCAGAUAUUUAGUGAAGCUGGGCUUAAAAAUAAAAGAUUGCAUUGAUCUGAAACAUGGUGUGUUCCAAGGUGUAAAAUGGAGGUUAGAGUGGGCUAAUUUUGGAGUCUUGUUUGAACUAUCCCAAUCUAAUCUGUACUUCUAAAAAUUGUUAGAGCUCUGUGUUUGGAAUGCAUGAUUUUUUUAAAAAAACCUGUGUAAAUAGCCUGAUUUAUACUUGAUUUCCACUACCCAACAUGUUAAACGCAGAUUUGACUGGUAAAACUGAGCCUGCGGUUUUUGAAAACUGAAUGUAUCAUUCCAUUGUUUUUACUGCAAGACUGCAUUGUUACAGUGCCUCACGGUGCUGAGAAAGGAGGGAAUUAAAUCUUAAGUUGUAUCACCUUUUUUCCCUCCCCUGGUUUUCCUCCAUUUCAUAAGGUGUGCUGCCUGUGAUACUUUAUCCUCAUCUAUAUCUUUCAAAGUUUUAUGGAGUAAAUUUAUCAUUGGGAAAUUAAACAAUUACUACAAACUUAUUUUUGAGAUAUUGUACAAAAUAAAGUCCAUUGAUCUUGAAGUAGAUGGGACAUAAAGGUUGUAAACGCUUACCUGGGACAUUUUAGAAUUCUGUAUGUAUUGUCUUUUGGGUUGGAAAAAUUAUGACCAUUGACUAAUAAAAAUGGAAAAGUCCAUAA